AAGUGCGACCUCAAAGUCAAAAAAUAAAAUAAAUAAUAAUUUCACCCUCGAGUUGAAGUGAAAUCGAUGUUAAGGAGCAACACUUGGUGUCUACCUAGUGUUGAAAUCUUUUCUCAAAGUGUCUGCAAUAAGCGGCGAGUGAUGGACUCAGGCCGGACUUUUGCUAGCGCAACUUACCCACUCCCACCUCGGGGAGGUAGUGACGAAAAAUAACAAUAGGGAACUCUUUUGAGGCUCCGUAAUUGGAAAGAGUACACUUCAAAUCCUUUAACGAGAAUCUAUUGGAGGGCAAGUCUGGUGCCAGCAGCCGCGGUAAUUCUAGCUCCACUAGCGUAUACAUGUAUUAAAGUUGUUGCCAUUAAAAAGCUUGUAGUUGGAUCUAGGGCAGGGGUGGGCAAUUAAUUUUCCCAAGGGGCCGCAUGAGAAACUGGGAUGGUUCGAGAGGGCCGGACUUAUAUAGUUAACUCAGUGUUACCCAAUACUGUAUAUAUAGUAUAUAUACUGGCGGGCGGGCCGGUCAGAGACAGGAGGCCCGCGGGCCGGCGUUUGCCCAGGUCUGAUCUAGGGCAAUGGGCGUGCGGUCCGUCUCGCGACGGUCACUGUGUGAAGCCGGGGUGGGCGGGGCCCUUUGCGGGGUCCCUUUGCGGGGUCGCGUUCGUUCUUUGGUGUCCCAUCUUCCGUUCAUCUCCGGUCUCUCCAUCCAUGGUGCUCUUCGCUGAGCGUUAUGGGUGGCCGGAACGUUUACUUUGAAGAAAUUCGAGUGUUCAAAGCAGGCUUGUCAGCCUGAAUAAUGGUGCAUGAAAUAAUGGAACAGGACUUCGGUUCUAUUUUGCUGCUUUUCGAAACACGAGUUAAUGAUUAAGAGGGACAGACGGGGUCAUCCGUACUGCAGUGUUGGAGGUGAAAUCCUUGGAUCAUCGCAAGACGAACAACUGCGAAAGCAUUUGCCAAGCAUAUUUUAAUUAGUCAAGAACAAUGGAAAAAAUUCUUUAUGAGACGUCAUGUUAUCCAACGAGAGCCAAUGGUCUGUGCAUAAUACAAAAUUUAACAGUUGAGAAACACAUGAAAUUUGUAGGUUAUGCAAGUGGGAUCUAUCUUGGAUAUAUAUAUAUCCAUGGAACCUAUCCAAGACACACGUGGGUUACCUGAGAAACACAAGGGUAGGAUAAGGGUUCCGCGUUUGUUCCCCCCCACCCCUAGGUAAAAUAAACAUUAUUAAGCCUUUUUGCACGUUUGCCAUGGCUUCACAGACCUUUUUGCCCCGCCCCAUCGGAUACAUGGGACCCAGAUGUCCCCCAUCUUCCUUUACUGCUAGGGCAGGUCAUUAUAUUGUCACAUGAUCUGGCAGUCCGUUGCACCCUAGAACGUGAGGUGCACAUUUACAGCUGCAUUAAUGGAAUGUGGUAGGAGGAAACACCGAAAUACGAUUCUGGAAGCGGACCCCGUGUAGAGAAAGUUGCAGGACGCCUGGACACAGUAGCCAAAGCUGACAACAUAUCCUGGCACUAUACUCAGUCCUCGGCCUCAAAACUUUAAGCAAACGUCUGUGCCAGCGCUCGCCUGCUUGUCACACAGUGACGGGCGUGACCUGUCUGAUGGUGACAAGCUUGACCUGUCACGCACACGUAUAGUUCCCCGGCUGUCUCAGCCUCGACCGCCCCCUCCCCGAGCUGAGAAGACAGGCACAUCCCUGACGCCUGUCCUCGCUUGCAGUUUGCACAAACCUCUUGGCACGCUUCAUGGGAGGACAAGCUUGGUAAUUGUUGUUGUUGUGUGUGGACUGCUUCUCAUUAGCUGCUGCCCACCCAGCUCAGAUCGUCGUCUCUGCUGGUCCUCGCCAUCACAGGACGAGAGUUAGAAUGUUUUGCGGGGCAGCGGUAUCUGCUUGAUGUAACAAGUGGACAGGCGACAACAUAGUCCACACCUCUGUGGGUCUCAGCUUCGUGCAGUUUUCAUGCUUUGACCGUUACAUGGCGCCUUGGCUUCGUCACAAAAACGUUUCAGCUAGAAGAGCUUUUCAUGAGCAUGAAAUGAGGUCAGUGACUACGACCCUGACAGUUUGUUAUAUGUUGGCGUGGCGCGAGAACCGGAAUUAGUGCACGAGACCUGAGCGUGGAAUGAGGGCCGCCGUGCCGCCAGCGUCACCAGAGGCCAGAUUGUCUCCUGCCACACGCGGACACGCGGCACCGCGCCAGACGCCCGCCCAGCGCUGAUGGCCGGCAUACUCACCUGCCGACUGUCCACAGGGCCUGCCAGCAUGCCUGUAACCAGUUCACAAGCGGCAGAAUCAGUACAGAACUUGUGAUUACUUACAAGAAGCUUGUGAUGGAAGAACUUACUGAAGACUAUGACGUCCUGUGUCUCUCUCGUGCAAACCAUCGCCUUCCAAAAUAGAAGGCAGCAGAAAAUCCUUUCCGCUCCUGCCACUGGGAGGAAUGGAGCCUUUUUCUGCCAUGUGUACCGAGAUGAUGAGGUCUUUUGAUUUAAAAGAAGAAUGUAAAGCACGUGCACAACUUGUUUCUUGACCUUCAAUAAGCCGACUCACUAAGCCGUUAAGCAGACAUUGUAAAAUGCAGACACGGAACAGACUAGAAAACAGUUAUUUACUUGAAUAAUAUCCCUCCUUCAUGAGAUGUGUAUCACCACCAGUUCAGUGCAGGUUGACAGAAGGGAAGAUGUGGCUGCUCCAAAUGCUGGCCAUGUUCGCACUUCUCCGCUCUUCUCCUUGCCAGCCGCCCGAUCCGCGCGGCGCCUCAGCCGCUCCGCCGUCUCUGUCAAGAGCCUCUCUCAGCGAUCUGCAGUCGUCGACCUCGUCGAUGUUUUCGUCGGACUGUUGUGAGGCCUUGCCAAGUGCCUGUAACUCCCAGGGUCAGUGUUUGCUUGGUGUGUCCAGCUGUACCGUCAUGUGCAUCUGUGCACACAACCCGUCGAUGUCACUGUGCCCCAGGGAGAUAAACCGUCUUCUAGGUUUUCUUAAUCGUCGAGGUUCUCUGUCGCUUGAAUCGGACCAACUACCGACAGGUCCUGACCCAAGUCUAAAACACAGAGACCCAAUGGCUGCAGCAGAACCUCAUUCUCAUGGAGUCACAGGUACCGUCUUCACCACGCCCACACCAGCCGCUCAGGGCGCGCACCCUGCAGAUGGAGGUCCGGCUGAUGAGGGGAGUGCUAGAGAUGUGGUGUGGGAAGCUGGAGGUCAGCUCAAGGAAGACGGAGUUAGCGGGGCGAGUGCACACCGGCCCUCCCUCUCUGAUGUUGGUGACGUCGAGGCAGUCACAACGAGUGCAAGCGGAAAUGACAUCCACAUCAACCCUUUCACUCAACAGAAUUCCAGCAGCAACGACCACGUUCAGGAUAACUCUACCGGUGGUGCGGUGAACCCACGAAGAACUUCCAUCUUGCCGUCCCUCAGCGAUGACUGGUGCCAGGACUGCGAGUCUGGGGGCCGAAAAUGUGUUUUAGGGCUAGGGUUCAAACCUCAGUGUGUGGAGGGCGAGGGUCCUGAUCCAUGCUUGUCCUUCAACUGCAUGCACGGCACUUGCAAAGAAUCAGAAGGCAAGUUUAGCUGCGAGUGCGAAAAAAAUUGGGUCGGGGUGCGCUGUGAAAAGGAAUGUUCGCUUGAGUGUGGCGAACACGGGUACUGCGGACAUGCGCAGAACGGAAGCAUCGCCUGCAUCUGCAACUGGAACUACACGGGCACCUGGUGCAACGACUCGUGGCCAGUCCUCUUCACAGACGAAGGGUCUGGGCGGACGGGGGAGUCGCUGACCGUGUGGCAGGUGGCAGCCGGGUGUCUGGGUGUCGUAGCUGUGCUGUUGGUGCUCCUGGUGCUGCUGGCAUACGUCACGUGGCGCUGGCAGUGGCUGCCCAUGCGCAAACUGGUUCACUACUUCCAGCAGUAUGAAGAGGACGACGGCAAAGAGUUCGACGCCUUUGUGUCCUACAAGUCGACGGCGCGGGACGAGAAGUUCGUGUUGCAGCAGCUGUAUCCGCGCCUGGAGAAAGAUCUCGACUUCAAACUGUGCUUGCACUUCAGGGACUUCCCGCCAGGAGAAACCAUUGCUGACAACAUCAUCCAUGCCAUCGAGAACAGCAGACGCACCAUUAUGGUUCUCUCCCCUGCCUACGUGCAGAGCGAGUGGUGCCGCCUGGAGUACCAGAAGGCGCAACAUGAGAUGCUGAAGCUAAAGCACAAGAUCAUCCCAGUGGUUCUGGAGGACGUGGACCACGUGAGUUUUGUGGACAAGAACCUCAAGAACAUUCUCGACACUGUCACCUACAUCAAAUGGCCCGGCCCUGACGACUCCAAAAGGACGGAGAAGUUCUGGAAAUUGGUGGAACUGAGCAUGCCCAAGAAAAAGAACGACUACACUCGCUCGCUUAGUUCUACCGGAAGUUGCUCCAGUGAGCAUCCUUUGACGUCGGUGUCGGCCGCGUGCUUCAACACCAUCGUGGACAGCAUGUCGGACUCACUGUCCCCGCAGCGCAGCCUCUCGUUGUGCUCCAGCUCGGAGGGCACCGAGGUGGACAACGACAAGGACGAGACGGGCAACGAGGGGCCAAAAGAUGACAGCUCUUCAGACUCUGAAGGCGACCAGUCCGAUCAGCCCUCCAUUGACGAGAAGCUGGUCGGGGCGUGGAGCAGAAAUCACGUGACGAGUGAUGAUCACAUCGUGGAGAUACGGGAGAUUUCGGAGGACGUCGUGAGAGUGACUCCACUGAAGCCCGCCAAGUCUGUGCACUUGCUGACGUGUGCCUCCGCCUCACCAACGAGUCUCUAACGUUAACGUGUGGAUUUCUUUCACAACGACAGUUCAUCAUAAUUCUCUCGUUCAGAGCACUCCAGCUCCCACCCCAUCCACAAUCCUUCUCAAUCUGUGUGCGUGUUUACAUUUUGGGGUGUACUGAUAACUGAUCAUCACUUCUUUUCUUUAAAGUGAACAAAGUAAAUGAAACUAGAUAAUAUUUUUCAAAAUAAUUCUAAAUAUAGCAGUCUGAGAGGACUGAUCAAAUAAAGUGGAACUCAUUUGUGGUUGUGAGGUGGUAAACUGAACAUUUCGCUUUGCUAGCGUCAGCAUCGACGGGUAAAGACCGACCUCAGACACAGACGGUAGCACUGUUACUAACAGUCAGGAAUGAAACAGUGGCAGCAUUGACAGAUUAUCCACAUCGUCAGCCUGUGACAUACACUGUCUCCCAUAGGCUGCAUGGUGAUAACUGAGGGCACAAAAGGUCAGACUAUAUAACUAUAUUCAGACUGUCAUGGCUGCAACCUCCAUAUUUUCGUGUGUAAAUGUUUCGACAUCGCCACAUCAGAAGGAAGAUUGAUCGAGCUCAAUGAGCGUGUGAUAUUGUUUUAUUACUUAAUGUUCUCUCGUCAAUACAUAAUAUGUCUCUCUUUCUGUGCGCGGACUGAAGUGCAACUUCGUAUAUCGCUGCAUAGGUAUGAAAAUAUGUCAGUAGAUAUACAUGAUGCCUGCUUAUGUGUACACCAUACAGCUGUGCGGGGACCUUUUGUACCUGUACAGUUGGAGUCGUCAGACUACAUUGAGAGCUGAUGAGCACUCUCAGCCUCAGGUGUUGCUAGCAAAGUACAAGACUACUCCUCUGCCCUGCUCUGUCAUGUUCUCCAGAAAACCAUGGUUACCAUGCGCGACAGUUCUCUCCCUGACUUCCAGCUUUUCUGACCAAUGCUCUGUACUAUACUGAUGUAAGCUAUGUGUUCUUUUGCUUAGUCCCAUAGUCUUGCUGUAUGAAACGUGAGUUACCUCCUUUGCUCUAGCAGCAUUAGCACCGAGUUAUCUGCCCCUAGAACUGCGCGCUUAUCUCCCAUACAUGUUCUUCUAUACACUGGAGAUUCUCCACGUUAGGAGGCUAGGCUCCUACAGCACGGGAUCGCUCAGGAUUAGUUACUUCGCACUUAAAUGGCUAAAAAUCAUAUUCUAUCCAAAUAUUUGUAUCUCAAACUUUUGUCCAGAUUGUAAAGUGUUACAAUGGGGGCUAAUAAAUGAUAAUCGAAAGUU